CAGCUCUCCAGAUCCAUAUCAGCAACAUGGCAUUCGCUGGAAAAUAUGAAGUUGAAAGCCAAGAAAACUAUGAUGCAUUUAUGAAAGUAAUUGGCAUUCCUGAUGAUACCAUUGAACGCGGAAGAAAUUUCAAAUACACCACUGAAGUUAUCCAGAAUGGAAAUGAAUUUACUUGGUCCCAAAUUUACCCAAACCAUACAUCAACCAAUAAGUUCAUUGUGGGACAAGAAUCAGACCUGGAGACUAUGAGCGGCAAAAAAUUUAAAGCAUUAAUUAAACUGGAAGGUGGCAAAAUCAUUGUGGACUUCCCAAAAUACCAUCAUACUUCUGAGAUUGUUGAUGGAAAACUGGUGGAGACCUCAGUGUCUGGUGGAGUUACCUUUAAAAGAAUAAGCAAGAAAGUGGCAUAAAGUUUAAUAAAGUUUUUGUUGCAUUUAUAUGAAAUAAAAAAAUCACUGUUUAUUCA